GCACCUUUUGAUGACCAUGGUCACUUAACUUGGUCAUUACUCGCAUUGGUAGAGGGCCUGGGAUGGGUUAAGUGAAAACUUGGCAACUCAUUGUCCAACCAGUUGCCAGCUUGAGGCUUGAGCUGGCUGAACAUCAAUAUGGGGGCAUGGCUCCAUGGGUCAACAGUGUGGAGCUCUGGCUGCAAACUAGCUGCCACUGAUUUACAAGAUGCAUGCCUUUUUCACUAGGUCAUACAGAUGACUGCUAACUGGCUUUUUCAUAGACACAAAUGAUCAUCUUGACUAGGAUUCUGUAAAACAUGCACAAUUUUUAUCUCAGUGCUGUACCAAAUGCAGACCAAGACACCACCAUUUGAAUUUCUUGUCUGAGAUCCCAUAAUUUAUCAUCCAGUGAACUCCAUUCACCCAAGGGAUUGGUGCUUCUCUACAUGCAAUGGGUUUACACUUUCCAUUCCUUGAUAAGUAUUAUGAUACAAAAUAUUACAGCUGACAAGUUACAAGAAUGGAAUCUACUCCUGCAAGUCAUAGACUUCAUAGUGGUUACAACCACCAGGUCGCCAGAAGCUGGCAAGAAAUUGGAGCAACCCUCCAAGCAAAUAAUUUAAUGUAUCCACUCUUCAUAGUUGAUGACCCAGAUGCCGUGCAGCCUGUGGCCAGCAUGCCAGGAGUGUCACGAUACGGCGUCAACCAGCUGGAGCAGGUGCUCCCUCCUCUUGUUCAGGAUGGCCUGACCUCAGUCCUGCUGUUUGGGGUGCCUGAAGGACAGAAGGACGAGCGAGGUUCUGGAGCCGAUGUGCCGGAUAACGCCGUUAUAAAAGCCAUCAGAACGAUCAAGAGCUGCUGCCCGUCCCUUCUGAUCGCUUGUGAUGUGUGUCUGUGUCCGUACACCUCGCACGGCCACUGUGGCAUUCUGCAUGAGGACGGCACCAUUAAUAACCCGCCCAGCAUCGCUCGGCUCGCAGAGGUGGCGCUGGCGUACGCACAGGCUGGUGCCGAUGUGGUGGCUCCAUCCGACAUGAUGGAUGGUCGUGUGGCGGCCAUCAAAUCCCGGCUGGCCGGCGCCGGCCUCGACGGUCGCUGCGCCGUCCUCUCGUACGCCGUCAAGCUCGCCAGCAGCUUCUACGGCCCGUUCCGGGACGCGGCCAAGUCUGCUCCGGCGUUCGGCGACCGCCGCUGCUACCAGCUGCCGCCGGGCGGCCGGGGCCUGGCAGCGCGGGCGGCCGCGCGCGAUGUGGCUGAGGGUGCCGACAUGCUCAUGGUGAAGCCGGGCAUGCCGUACCUGGACAUUGUGCGCCAGACCAAGGACCAAUUCCCGCAGUACCCGCUCUUCAUAUACCAGGUGUCCGGAGAGUACGCAAUGCUGUAUCACGCCGCCGCCCAGGGCGCCUUCAGUCUGAAGCCGGUCGUGCUGGAGGCUCUGACGGCCAUGCGUCGUGCAGGUGCCGACGUCAUCAUAUCGUACUACACGCCACUGGUACUGGGCUGGCUGAAGGGCCGAGAGUAGUCCAGUUCGGAUGAGGGGCCCAGACUAGUCUGAAUUGCCGCUUCAAUCCCAGGAUGGAUGAGAUGCCGAAUUAUCAAGCGAGGAGCAGCCCGGCCUGACUGAAUUACGGGGACUAGCCUCGACCGUCUGAAGGGCCGCGACUAUCCUGGGUUAGCUUAGAGAGUCGCCUUUGCAGAGGUUCUCCAGUAUCCACUGCUGCAGUGUCAUGCGUUCAGCAGUGUCAGUACUCUGGUGAAGGCUGUCAGGGUACCUUCCAUGUUACAGUAGCGGUACUUUGCUGUGUAAUUCUGGUGAAAGGGAACACCGUUGAGUGCUGGAGCUAAAACGUAAGAACGCUUCAGGUACCAUUCGAUCUGUAACAACAUCUGUCGAAGUGGUGCUUUUGGCUGUUGGUGGUAUUCUGCGGAAAUCGCUCUAAUUCCAGUGGUAUUCUGCAGCGGUUGCUGAAUUAGAAUUUUUGUAUCACUUUUAUCACUAAGGGCUUUGUAGAGUGAAUGUGACGAGUGAGACAAUGCUAAUGAACAAAUUUUGUAUAAGAUAACGGUUGUUAUUUGGAUGUGUUCAUAAGUGAAAUUGUUGCAAUAAUGUCUAAGGCGACAAUACGUGCCUUAUCAUACAGCCGGUUUUUAUGUAGCUGAAAUAUGUUGUACAUGGCAUGAGCUUUUAUACCAAAUAUUUAUGAAUCUAUUUACAACGAUCAUCGCAAAUAUUGCUGAAGCUCUUUUUUUGUUGAGUUAUUUGUUAUUUUCCUCUUCGAUAUUUUAGGUCCGAUUAGCGUUGCGAUCUACUAUAGGCGCCCUGAAACCCAAAUACUGAGGGAAGGCGAUUUUUCUAGCAAUGAUUUUCUUCGCUUUUCAUAUUUAGAUGCCAGUCGCUGUUCUGUUGAUCAUCAGUUUAAUAAACGAUGGAUCUGCUACCCCAUGUACAGACUUUG